CGGCUUGAGACCAAAGUGGAAAAUGAAGAAUUAAAGUCUAUUGUGAAAGCUGAUCCAUCACAAAGCACUUCAGAGAUAGCUGCAGACUUCGGGGUAAUUGCCCGACUUACAUUCAGUCGGCCACGCUCUCUCGCCGCGGCUACACUUCGCUACAACGUGUGAAUAUUUUACGUGUUGCCAGACAAAAAGCCCUAUGUGUGUUAGAUGGUACACAAAUUACACGGGAUCUAUUAGAGACAAGAAAAACGUGUCAUUCAUUCGUGUCAUAAGUAAGAAGCACGGAAGUCAUCAGUCGCAAUCCAACAAUGGGAAUAAGAUCGUGGGUGGUAGCGAAGUUUCCAUUCAGGACGUGCCUUAUCAAGUUCUUUUGAGGAUACAGACGUUAGAAUACAUAGGCCUGUGUGGUGGCUCAAUCAUCAGCUCAAGAGUAAUUUUAACCGCUGCACAUUGCCUUUCUGGAGGUGUCGUAGAGAUCACUAUCAGAGCAGGAAGUUCGGAUUCUGAAAACGGUGGUAAGGUCUACACGACGUCCCGGUACAGAAUCCAUCCACAGUACAACCACAACACGUUUGACUACGACGUAGGCAUCGUAAGGACACUGCGGGCUAUGACCUUGGACGGAGUAAACACCAAAGCUGUGGCUUUGCCUGCUGAAGGUACUGAAGUUCCAGCGGGAACAAAUGUUCUGGUAUCGGGAUGGGGAGAUACUGAGGUUAAGGGGAAAACCAGCCAGCAAUUACUUGCAGUCAAGGUACCCACAGUUUCCACAGAAGAUUGCCGUCAGACCUACGCCCAAUUGACUGAACGCAUGUUUUGCGCUGGCACUCCUGAAGGGGGCAAGGAUUCUUGCCAGGGUGACUCUGGGGGUCCAGCGGUUGAUGUGAAUUCUGGAGUGCAGAUCGGCAUAGUGUCCUAUGGGAAUGGCUGUGCUCGCCCAGGUGUUCCAGGUGUGUAUACGAACAUAUCCAGCAUUCGGAUUUGGAUCAAGAACAACGCAGGCGUUUAAUUUAUUAAUAUGAAAAUUGUAUCAAACAGAAAUAAUGUAACCGUUUUACGCUAACAUGAAAAAAAAUGUUUAAAAUAA